AUGAAGCACUUGCAGUUUGUUUUGGUGUUGGCUAUUGCGGUGAACGUGUGGGAAUGUGGAGACGCGAAAUUCGGCGAGAGGGGUGAGCUGAGUUCCAGGAGGAGACGUUGUUACGACGGAAGCAUGCCCAAAAGGCUGAAGAAAAGAGAUCGUAAAGUGCUACUUGAAGGCAGCGCUGGCACCAGCGGAGACGUCUGCCACAAGCUGUACCCCCGGGUGUCGUGUUGCCCCACCAGGAGAGCCGCCUAUCAGAUCCUCCACAGAGAUGCCAGGGUUUUCUCCACAAAUAAUACAGAAUGUGGACGCCUCUUGGAGGAAAUCAAGUGUGCACGCUGCUCCCCUAACGCCCAGGUGUUGUUCCACUCCCUGGACAUGGAUAAGAUGCCACACAGGGAGCCCGACCUGCCGCAACUUUGCCAGGACUUUUGCCGUGAAUUCUACUACACCUGCAGGGGGCACAUCCCAGAGCUUUUCCAAGCUGAUGUGGAUGAGUUCUGCCAAUACUAUGGAAGGAAGGAUGGCAGCCUUUGCUUUCCCGAUUUUCAGCGAAAAACACUUCAUGGACAGGAUUCCAACUACUUGGGGGAUGAGAAAAUAGAAGAUAUCAGGAAACACAAACACAACUGCUACUGUGCCCAGGAGGUGUUGAGUGGUCUGAGGCAGCCGGUGGCUGCGGUGCACUGUGGGGAUGGAUCCCAGCGGCUCUUUGUCAUCGAGAAGGAGGGCAUCGUCCGAGUCCUCACCCACGACCUGGUCAUGCUCAAGGAGCCCUUCCUCGACAUCCACAAACUUGUACAAAAUGGAAUAAAGAGUGGAGAUGAAAGAGGGCUGCUUAGCAUUGCAUUCCACCCCAACUACAAGAAGAAUGGCAAGCUCUACGUGUCCUACACCACCAACCAGGAGCGCUGGGCUAUUGGACCACACGACCACAUUCUCAGAGUUGUGGAGUACACUGUUUCAAGGAAAAAUACCAACCAGGUGGACACCCGGACAGUGCGAAUGCUGAUAGAAGUUGCAGAGCUGCACCGAAAGCACCUCGGUGGUCACUUGCUGUUUGGCCCAGAUGGUCUGCUGCACAUUGUUCUGGGAGAUGGCAUGAUAACGCUUGACGACAUGGAGGAGAUGGAUGGACUUAGUGAUUUUACAGGCUCCAUCUUGAGAGUGGAUGUAGAUACAGACUGUUGUUCUUCACCAUACUCAAUACCACUCAACAAUCCAUAUUUCAACAGCACCAAUCAGCCACCUGAAAUCUUUGCACAUGGAUUACACGACCCAGGAAGAUGUGCAGUGGAUCGACUCCAAGGGGACAAUGGAAGUCUAUCAAUAGUGUGCACAGAUACUACUGGGAGAAACACCACGUCUGGGAGAAUUUUGGAAAUCUCUAAAGGAAAGGAUUACGAAAAUGAGCCUUCUGUCUAUAACUUGCUCUCCAAUGGCGGCGCACCACCUGUAGGGGGCUUUAUCUACAGAGGCUGCCAAUCAAGGCGGCUUUAUGGAAGCUAUGUGUUCGGAGAUAAAAAUGGUAAUUUAAGGAUUUUGCAGAAAUCGUCCGUGUCAAGUAGUGAGGAGUGGCAGGAAAAACCUCUGUGUCUUGGCUCUGUCACCUCAUGUGGUACAGCACUUGCUGGAAACAUUUUGGGCUUUGGAGAAGAUGAAUUGGGUGAGGUGUACAUUUUAGCAAGCAGCAAAAGCAUGGCACAGCUGCACAGUGGAAAGCUCUACAAAUUGGUGGAUCCUAAAAGGCCGUUUACUCCUAAAGAAUGCCAUCGUACCGUAGAGCCUCCGGAGCUACUGAUGACAGCCUGCUCCAGACACUGCAAGAAUGGCCACUGCACGCCCACGGGCAAGUGCUGCUGCAGCCCUGGCUGGGAAGGACCCUUCUGUAGAGUGGCAAAGUGUGAGCCAGGCUGUCGCAAUGGUGGUGUGUGUUUGGAGCCAAACAAGUGCCUGUGUAAGAGCGGUUAUUCUGGAGACAUGUGUGAGAAGAGUGAGCAAGGGAUGCCCAAUGACCAGGAGAGAGACGGCAUCAUCGACCACAUUAUGGGCAUGACGUCCUACCUCCUGGACCUGACCAGUUACAUCGUAUAG